AAGGAAAGUUUGGAGGACAAGAAGAAGAAGCCUAAGAAGGCUGACACGAGCUCGCCGAGCUCCAACAACCUCGAGAUUAAGGCCAAUGUCCCGCUGACGGAGUUGAGCGGCUUGACUGCCAAGGUCUACAAGCGCAAAUUGGAGGAGGCUUUCGAGGAAGCGGGGCUCACUACGAUAGAGCGCAAGAUUGUGUACUCCGUGUGCGUGGCUGCGUCGACCUUGGACGGAGCUUUCGAGGAGAUCGAGACCGUGCGGGAGUUCAUGAACGAGAAGUUCAGCUACGGUGUCCGCGAUGAAUGGGAUUCAGGAAUCCUCCAUGUCAGUCAUGUUCUUGGAUCUUGCGUCGACAAGUGCGUCCACUCUCUUAUCGAGGCGUACGCGAGAAGCCACAAAUUCGUCGAAGGAUUCGUCGGGAUCAACCAGGACGAGGGAGUGAUGAACGUGGAUGGGAUGGCACUUGCUGAGCUCAUCUUGUCGACGAGGGCGUCUCAUGCUUUUCUCUUGUCUCCGGCUCUGAAGCUCUGUGCGACCGUGCAGACUUGUCUCGAGCUUCUGGAGCAGGACGGUAACCGGGAGCAGCAAAGCCAAGACGACCACGCUCAACGGCUUUUCCUACAGCAACUACGUCUACAACGGAGCCUCGGACUGCAUCCCCUUGAAAGUACAGACAGUGGGGUGAUGCUGCCCCUUUGGUGCUCCUCUACCUCCACGACCUCAUCCUCGGUUCUACAGCCGGCAGACGUGGUCCGUGAUACGGUACAACGGGAAAUGGUCCUCGCCAACCCGGUCGACGUGGUGGACGUCAUCAACCGCCUCCUUGCAAGGCAGCGUCAACUUCAACACCUGCUGCGGUUGACAGGGGUGGCAAUUGAAGAGGCCCUGCCUUGGGUUCAGACCACUGCCAAUGCCCCGGUACUGAACGGACCCACCAACGAUGCCCACAUCUGGCACA